GCCGACUGCGGACUCAAGAUGCGCCCGAAAGAGUUGGGACAGGGUUCAGCCGGCGACUGGCCGGGACCCGGCGAUCCGGCAGCAGUCACUCCAGCUCCUCCGCCCGCAGCCAAUCCCGCUCCAGAGCCCUCCGCCGAGCCUGAACCCGCCCCUGUGCAGGUACCGGCGGCAGGACUGGGAGCAGGAUCCGGAUCCGCAACCGUCUCGGGACCCUCAGCGGGAGCUCGCCCGGCCUCCAAGGCUGGAUCGGAGGCAGGAGCCCAGCGCGCGUCCGCAUUCUUGGCAGUCCAGGGGAAUGCCCAGUCCGUGCCCAACAACUCGGACGCGCCGUGGACUCGCUUCAUAUUCCAAGGUCCAUUUGGGCCCCGGGCCGCUGGCUUGGGGACUGGAAAGGCAGCGGGCAUCUGGAAGACGCCGGCUGCCUACAUCGGCCGGCGGCCUGGGGUGUCGGGCCCCGAGCGCGCCGCCUUUAUUCGGGAGCUGGAGGAAGCGCUGUGUCCUGACCUACGCCCACCAGUCAAGAAGAUCACCCAAGAAGAUGUCAAAGUGAUGUUAAGUUUGCUAGAGGAGAGAGAGCGGGACCUGAACACGGCAGCUCGCAUUGGCCAGUCCCUGGUGAAACAGAACAGUGUUCUGAUGGAGGAGAACAGCAAGCUGGAAGCCAUGCUGGGCUCGGCCAGGGAGGAGAUUUUACAUCUCAGACACCAGGUGAGCCUGCGGGAUGACCUCCUUCAGCUUUUCUCAGACUCUGAUGACGAUGAGGAGGAGGAGGAGGAAGAAGAAGAGGAGGACGAGGGGGAGGAAGAAGAAGAGCAGGGGCAUGAUCAUUCCUAUGAAGCUUCAGACCCGACUCCUCUGACAGAGUCAGAGUCACACCGCUGCCCGCAGCUGGAGGCCCUGCAGGAGCAGCUGCGGCUGCUGGAGGAGGAGAAUGAGCAGCUUCGAGAGGAGGUCUCUCAACUCGAUGACCUUGAGGAGGAGGAGCAGAUGUUCAUCCUGGAUUGUGUGGAGCAGUUUUCGGAGGCCAGCCAGCAGAUGGUCGAGCUGUCGGAGGUGCUGGCACUCAGGUUGGAGAACUAUGAACAGCAGCAGAGGGAGGUUGCCCAGUUGCGGGCCCAGGUCAUGAAGCUGCAGCGGUGCUGCCGGUCGUAUGGGGCUGAGGCUGAGAAGUUGCAGCAGCAGCUGGCUUCGGAGAAAGAAAUCCAGAUGCAGCUCCAGGAUGAGCUGCAGGACCUACGGGAGAAGUACUCCGAGUGUGGGAGCAUGCUGAUUGAGGCCCAGGAGGAGGUGAAGACCCUCCGCCAGCAAGCGUCCACUGGCUCUGUCACCCACUACACGUACACUGUACCUCUGGAGGCACUUCCUGAUUUCCAGGAGACCCUGGCUGAGGAGCUCAGAAUGUCUAUAAGGAGGAUUAUCUCAGACCCUGUGUUUUUUAUGGAAAGGAAUUAUGAAGUGACUACAGAGGAGACCUCAGAUCUGGGAUAUGAGCUGCACCACAGUGAGGAUCGAGAGCAGGAGCAGGGGCUCGAGGCAGAGGAGGGGCCGAUGUCGGCUGAGCAUUUCGUGCCUGCGGAGGAGCUGGGGGCCACAGAGAGGCUGCCAGCUGAGGAGGGGGUGACGGAAGAGGCAGAGCUGGUGUCUGAGGAGGCUGAGGCCUGGGAAGAGGUGGAGCUGGAGCUGGAUGAGGCAACGCAGAUGAAUGUGGUCAUGUCAGCCCUGGAGGCCAGCGGCUUGGGCCCCUCGCACCUGGACAUGAAGUAUGUCCUCCAGCAACUGGCCAACUGGCAGGACGCCCAUUACAGGCAGCAGCUGAGGCAGAAGAUGCUCCAGAAAGGCUCCCCAACCCUGCAGCAGUGGCAGCAGCAGGCCAAAACAAACAUGGGGGGCGGGAUCGUGGAGGAGCAGCUGGGGGUGCCAACCCAGGACUUUCGGAGGCUGGAGGAGGAAAGGGUCAAUCACCCUCCCAGGGCCUGGGAGGAAGAGGGGCCUUCUGGGGCCACCCAGGCCAUUGGGACGAAAGCCUCUGCCAGCAAGGGCCGCAGUCGGACCAGUCCCCUGGGUGAGUCUGAAGGCCGUGAGAGCCCUGCCUUGAGGAGCUCAUGGAGAUAUCAAAGGCUUUGCUGUUUCCCAGCAGCCUGCAGAGGCCCCACAGACAGCCUGAGGCCCCUCAUUCCGCUGCCUGGCCAAGCCCCACCCUCCCCAGACCUCCCUUCCCUGGCUCAGAAACCGGACCCCCGAUCUGUCACCAGCCCACCCGCUGUCCUGAUGAACCUGGGCCGGAACUUGAGGGCCCAAGCCUUGACCCUCUUCUGGGACAGGCUGAAGGAACCCCGGCCCUCGUUCUGUAGCUGGUGCAAAAGCUGUGGCUGCUGGGCCUGGAUCACUUGGUGGCCCCAGGGACGUAAGAAGCCCAGGGGGAGGCCAACCAGCUACCAGACUCCGCUCUGAGCUGGGGCAGGGCUCAGGCCCGGGGUGUAGGAAGUUGUUUUGAGCACCUUGCUCACUACAUGCCCCUCACCCCUUGACCCCCAAAUCAAAGGUGGCUUCCCAGUCCUUGGUGACUUUUAGGAACCUGGUCGUCUGUCCCAGUUCUUGGCUCUUUCUUCUGAGUCCCUGAUUACUGUGUGUAACCAGAAGCAUCUGUCUGUGUGGGCGAGGACUCCCUCUGCCUGGGAUGGGGGUGCAGGGCUCGCUCCCCUCGCCUCCCCUCCCCACCUCCCCGCCUGUGGCCUGUGAGUGUCCAGGCUCCCUCCCAAGGCCCUGUCACUCCCCACCACGUCCUCUCCUCAGUGCCCCUUGUUUCCUUGUUCUAGAUGUUUCGCCCUUUCCCACCCCUUACUCAUAAACACCUGGAGUCGGGGGCGCAGGACCCCCGUCGGUAUCUACCCACCUCCCCACUGUGCUUCUCACGCUCCUGUU